UCCCAUGCUGGAUAUCCACUGUUUUAUACUCUCCUGUAAUGACUGUUUUAGCUACAGAGGAACACACAGGGAUUCUUCUCUUUGCUUUUGGUCAAUGUGGUUUUAUCCCAUGGGCAAAUGAGAAUCUCAUUUUUUCUUAAUUAAUAUGUAAUGAUAAUAGCAUCAAGUGGCCUUAGAAAAUAUACAAGUUUGACUUACUUUCAUCUCACUUUCUUUCUCAUGCCAGAUUGUAUUUUUAAUGGAGUUGGCUGCAGAUUAUGUUAGAAUUGCGAAAUUGGUAUCUUUGUUUUGGUUUAUACUUAGGAAAGCCUUUCUGACUUGUCCUUCUCACUUAUGUAUUGUACUGUUUAAUGGCAAUUGACAAUCUUAUUUUUUGACAAGUAGAUUUUGAAUCUUUCAAAAAAAGUAACCAUAUCUCUUUAAUUUUACAGACAUACAGGUUCCAGAACCAGAAUGCUUGGUCCUCAGAAAUGUGCACUCUGAUCUGCAAAAUACAGGAUGACAGCCCUGCUCACUAUGCCGGUCUGCAAGCUGGUGAUGUUCUUAUGAAUAUCAAUGGUGUGAGCACUGAAGGCUUUACCCACAAACAAGUGGUUGACCUGAUCAGAUCGUCAGGAAACCUGCUAACGAUAGAGACUCUUAAUGGGACAAUGAUUCUCAAAAGAUCAGAGCUUGAAGCAAAGCUGCAGGAUUUAAAGGUAAUUUAAUUUAAUACGUUGAAGCGCAUUUUUUAUCCUUGAAUGUGUGAGUAGUAGAAUAAAGAUCUACUUGAAGAAUGGAGAUAGCCCUUGAAAAAUAAAUGUCAUGAUGAAUCUAAACUGCUGAAUUACCAAGAGCACACAAUUACCUUUGCCAGAAAAUAAAAUACCAUACGCAAGCCUAAAUCACUUUCUUCCUUCCUCCUUCCAUGUAUCUAUGAGGCUCAGAAAGGGAACAGGAAGGCACGUUAGCUGAAG